AUGACGAGACCUGAAAUUAUUCGCGCUGUUGCCGCAGAGACGGCUGAGGAAAAUCUUCGUAGCCCGCGCGUUUCGUGGGCAAACGGCGACAUUGGCGAUCUGCAGCAAUACGCCGAAGACUUGGCCGCCGGCGUCGCCGACUCCCUAAACGGCCAGGCCCAGAAUCAGAACGGCAGGAACAAUAAGAUGGCGGCCGAUCGCCAGCAGCAGCAGGAUGCUCUGGCCAUUGCCCAGAACGGAGGUCUGUCGGGCAACGACGCCGCCUCGGACGACGGAGACCUGGACGCGGACGAUGCCGACGACGGCAUGGAUGACGAUAUGAUGGACAAGAUUUCGAGCUCACCCUCGAUAGAAGAUGAGGACAUUGAUUUCGAGUUCGUCUACGCCCUCCACACAUUCGUCGCCACCGUUGAAGGCCAAGCAAAUGCCACUAAGGGUGAUACUAUGGUCUUGCUCGACGAUAGCAAUAGCUAUUGGUGGCUCGUCCGUGUAGUAAAAGACAGCAGUAUUGGUUAUCUUCCGGCGGAGCAUAUCGAGACGCCCACCGAGAGGUUAGCACGCCUGAACAAGCACAGAAACAUUGAUCUCUCGGCGACUAUGCUAGGUGACCAAGCAGAAAAGUCAAAGAACCCAAUUAAGUCGGCAAUGCGUAGGAGGAAAGCCAAGACAGUGACAUUCGCAGCCCCCACCUACGUUGACUACUCAGAUAUAGACUAUGACACUUCAGAGGAUGAAGAUGCUGAAGCAGAAUACUUCGCUCAACAGCAGCAAUCUCAACAGCAAGCUGCAUCGCAGCAAGCAAACGGUGACCAGGACCCGGAGGAUGAGUCCGCUAAGGUAGAGCCACUCAAGCCUCGAUCGCAACAGAAAGAGGUGAAGAUUGUGGAACCGGCAAAGGCAGAGCGUGGCGAUGAGCCCGCUGCGGCAUUGAAAGCGAACGGGAGGUCGAGCGAAGAGAUAUUUGAAACCAAUGGAGUGGACGGCCCCAAGAAAACCAAGGAUGGAACAGUCCGAGAUUCAUUCUUUAAGGACGAAACGGUUGAAACUAAGAAGAUCACGUUGACUCCUAAUUUACUCCGGGACGAUGGGGCGCCACGAGCAUCAAGUGAAUCUAAGGAGAUCAAACAGAGGCCAAGUUUUGACAAACUGGAAAAGGAUGCUUUGUUAAGCAAAGACGAUAAGAAGAAGAAAGAGAAGGACAAGAAGGAGAAAGAGAAAAAAUCUGGGUUCCGGAGCCUUUUCUCACGCAAGGACAAGAAAACCAAGGGCGAUGACGAUGACGACUCUUUUGGAAAGCGGUCGAUUGAUGUUGCCUCCGAGGGUCUUGAGAAGGAAUCAGAAGAGAUACAGUUCGCGGAAGAUCAGCCGUCACCAGAGAAGGCGGCAUCGGGCCCCCAGCGGCAACCGAGUAAACUGCAGAAGCAGCAGCCACGCACGGAGCCUUCGCCAACAAGGAAAGGCAGUGUUGGCGCGAAGGAGGCUGGUAAUGGUAUGGACCUUGCCGCUUUCCUCUCUGAGAGCAAAGUGAAUAACGUUGCAAACGUGCCUCCAGCUUCAAUGCGCAUUGUCGAAGCCGAUGUCCAGGACACUCAAGACAUCCGGCCCAAGUCUCGAGAUCGCUCUCCAGAAGUCGCCCGCUCGAACUCCCAGAAGGACGAACGAUCAGGCAUUUCGAAGAUCAUUCCAUCGCGCAUGCAGAAUGGCGAUCCCAGGCCGCAAAAGGUUACGAAAGCGAAAGCUCGCGUGGCUCUCGACGAUUCCGAUUCCCUCGAAGACAUUGCGCCAGAACCAACGAGACAAGCGCCAACGCCUACCCCAGCAUCCACUCCCGCUCCUGCCCCGGCUCCAGAAGAAAAGUCGAAGCAGUUGCGACCGACUCUCCCUGGCGCUUAUCCAGAUAGCUAUCUUAGUACCCAGACUACGGACUCUGUCCAGACUGAAAAGGCUGUUAGCGCCCCACAGCCUGAACGGUUGUCCGAAUCGCCGGUACAAGUGUCUCCAGUGACCUCGAAUAUCCCGCCUUCUCUGAUGGUGGACACUUCCAGCCAAGAAGAGAAUCACUCCUCUCCGAGCUCCACGCCGUCGCCAGAGCUUAUCGAGAGGGAAGAUGUUGGCGGCAGUCACCGAAACCAGGACUCUAUCGCCACUUCUACGUCCGCUACCACUGUAUCAACCUGGAAUGACACAAGCCUGCGGGCCUUCUUCGACUCUAGCGCCGAUAUCCGGGAUCUGCUUGUCGUUGUGUAUGAUAAAACAGAUGUCGCUCCAGCUGGCCCAGACCAUCCUGUCGCUGGAACACUGUUCAAAGAACAGAACGCUAAGUUGGCCGAAAUUACUUCACAACUGGACAAUAUGCUUGGAGAUUGGCUUGCCCGCAAACAACGCUUGCGAGGUACCGUCUAA